AUGGCUGCGCGCUGCACCGACGCGGCGGGCGCCGCAGACGUGCGCCAGCAGCUGGACGCGCUGCAGCAGGACGUUUCCUUCCUCAUCCUGGCCACGCGCAGCGCGGAGGCCCGCCAACUGAACGAUCACAUCUCGGCCGUGCGAGGCCGCCUCAGCGCCAUGCUGGGCGCCGGCGGCGCGGCCGCGCCGCUGCUCAUGGCGCCGCUGCGCGACGCCGGCGCCGCCACCAGCCCGCCGAUCGCCGCUGCCGCGGCCGCCCGAAUCGACGCGCCGACGACGAGCCCACCUGUCGCCACCGCCGUGCCACGCACGCCGCCCGCCGCGGCGCCUCAGAUCCCCGCCGCGCCGCCGCGCCGCGCCGCCGACGCCGCCCCCGGCACAUCCCCCUCGUCGCCACCGCCGCCGCCGCCGCCGCCGCGCCCCGAGUUUGCGGCGCUGCGGUCGCGCUGGCUGAGGCACCGGGCGGUCUGCAGCCCCGCCAUGGCGCACAGGGAGCCCGCCGCCUGGGCGGAAGUCCAGGAGGUGCUGCUGGCCGCCGACGCCGACUUCCGCGCGACCGGGGACCCCGCCAGCGCCGCGCUCAUGGACGAGAUCGUCUCGAGGGCCGCGCGCGACGAGUACGCAGAGUAUGGCUUUGAGGAGGGCGAGCCGCUGCCCCGCGUGCCGACCGGCAGGGCACUGAAGGGCUGCUUCGAGCACUACCACCACGCACUGGCGCGCGCCGCGGGAGCGCGGGUGGAGGUGCGGGUGUCAUCAGGGCGGACGGGCGAUCUGUGCCACAAGAGCCGGCAGGCGGAGUGGGACGCCUACGUCCAGGGCGAGCCGGCCAGGGUCGAGGCCGCCAAGCAGGCCGCCAUCGCCAAGGACGCCGCCAGGGCCCGCAAGAUCAAGACCAAGACCAAGGAGGCCGCCGCCGCCGCCGCCGCCGCCGCCACCCAGACCGCCGGCCAGCACAGCGCGGCCGCCUUCGUGCCGGCCAACGCGGCGCCCGGCGCCUCGGCGGCCCCGGCGGCGCUCGCGCCCGCGGGCGGCGGCUCCACGGGCGCGCGCGGCGCGUCGGACCCCUGGUCCGACCCCUGGGGGUGGCAGGGCCGGGCGACGACGCACUACGCCGUGGGCGGCGCCCUGCCUUGGGGCGGCGCCGUGCCGGCCGAGCCGUGGCUGGACGAUGACGUCAUCGCUUAUGCCACCGACGGGGACUUCCAGAACGCGCUGAUCAGGCGCCAGCUCAGAUCGGACCACCGCCUCCAAAUGAUCCUGGCCGACCGCGACGCCGCGGCGCGCGACGCCGCCGCCAAGGACGCCGCCGCCGACGCCGCCGCGGCGCGAGAGAUCAAGGGCAUGGCCGCCGCGGCCGCGGCCGUGAUGAAGCACGGCGUGUUUGCCAUCCAGGACUUCCAGGACAGCGUCGCGGCCGCCGAUUCGGCACUGGCGUGCGUCGAGGCGCUGUUUGAAAGCGCCCGCGCCGUGGCCUCGUGCCGGCGCGGCGCCGCCGCCCCGGAGGGCGCCUCCUGGGCGGCCGAGGGGGGCGCCGGCGGGGGCGUCGCGGCCGAGGCGGAGGGGCUCGAGGCCGGCGCCGCGGCGGCGCUGGCUGGGCUGCUGGGGGCGGAGGGCGGCGCGAGCAGCGCGUGCGACACCGAGGCCCGCGCCGCGCAUGAGGUGAGCUGCCAGCCCUGCUUGGCGCCCCUCAUGCCCUCUGACGGCGAGGCGCGCCGCACCAAGAGCGCCGGCUUUGCUGCGCAGCCAACGCGCGUCGCCGUCCGCGUCAAGCAGACCGCCGCCGGGGCCGUGGCCGUGGCCAAGAAGGGCACCACCAAGAACGACAAGAAGGACAAGACCAAGGGCGCCGCCCCCGCGGCCGCCACCAGCCCCUGCAAGGCCCUCCCCGCCCCCGUCCUGCUCAACCUGGCCGCCUGCGGCGCGCGGCUGAGCUGGGCGGCGCCCCAGGCCGCCGGCUGCGGGCCGAGGGCGGGGGCAGCGGCGCAGCGCGCGGCGCGGCCGCAGGUCAGCGUGCCGCCGGCGGCCGUCCACAGGAGGAAGGCCUGCCCGAGGUCAGCGCACGCAUGA